CCUGUUUGUUUAAUAAAGGGGACGGCAUUCGUUGUGUUUGGGCUUAUUUUGUUUACGCGUAACUCGAACCAAUUUCAAAUCGAAUAUUAAGCGAUUUCCUCCAAUAUUUAAAAAGAAAUCAAUAUUUUUCAAGCAAUUUAAGUGCAAGACUGAAAGGAUGAGUUCAAUUCAAUGUCAACUAUGGAUGGGCAGCCUGGAGCAAUACAUGACGGAAAGCUUCAUCCUGGCUGCGUUCCGAAAGAUGGGAGAGGACCCGCAAACAGUCAAAUUGAUGCGAAACAAGUACACCGGUGAACCGGCCGGCUAUUGCUUCGUCAGUUUCAAAACCGACGACUGCGCUAUCGAUGCGAUGCACAAGCUGAACGGAAAGCCGAUUCCCGGUACCAAUCCUUUGGUACGCUUCCGGCUGAACAGCGCAACCAACAACCAGAGCAAGGCUUUGUUGGCCGAUCGUGAAUUCAGCGUUUGGGUUGGCGAUCUCAGCUCCGAUGUAGACGACUAUGGACUAUAUCGGAUCUUUUCGGCCAAGUACACUUCGAUCAAGACGGCCAAGGUUAUCCUGGAUAGCGCAGGCUUUUCCAAGGGAUAUGGAUUCGUUAAAUUUGGCCUGGAAGAUGAGCAGAAAAGUGCUCUUUACGAAAUGAACGGCUUCAUCGGUUUGGGAAGUAAGCCGUUGAAAAUUUGCAACGCUGUUCCAAAACCAAAAUCUGAACUUGGCCCCGGAACCACUACCACAACUCCUACUGCCGCUAGUUUGGUAAAUUACGGCGCAGAUUAUUCGCAAUACUAUGAUCCGACCACCUACUGGCAAAACUACAGCGCCUGGCAAGGAUACUACGAUAGCACUGCUGCAACGGAUCCUUAUGCAGCCUACCAGAUGCAAACGCAGGCCGUUCAGGCAGCAGCUAUUGACCCAACGGCAGCCUACGCCCAACAGAGCUACGAUCAGCAACAGCAGCAUCAUCACCAUCAUCAUCAUGCCCAGGUCGAGGACGAGGAGCUGACCCUGGUGGAUCACAAAUUCACGCUCGAUGUGGACAAACAGAACCGGGAACUGAUGGAACGGGAUCGCAAUCUGUACGACGCCCUGGAGAGCUCCAAGUGGAUGCCCGUGGAGCAGUUGGAAGUAUUUUAAGUUUAGAUUUAACCUUCCGGUCGUGAAUUGAUUGCUUUACAUUAAAUGCUUUAAACUAAAA